CAGAGUACAGUCUGCUGCCUAUAAAUACGGCUGUCUCUUCCUUCAUUCCUUGUUGGACAAACUCUAUCUCUCUCUCUCUCAAAACAUCAAAGCAACCAUGGCUGCAGCAGCUUCUCUGCAUUCUUUUUUGGUCUCGGCGAUCCUGAUCUCGUCUCUCUUGCUGGGUUCUUAUUGUUGGGCGUCUCAGGCGCAUAAUUAUGGUUAUGGGCAUGAAAAAGUACAUCCAACGGUUCCCUUGGUGAAGGGACUCUCGUGGAGUUUCUAUAAAUCGAGCUGUCCCAACUUGGAAACCGUCAUCAGAAACCAUCUCAAGAAUAUCUUUGAGGAUGAUAUUGGACAGGCUGCAGGCUUGCUUCGUCUUCACUUCCAUGACUGUUUUGUUCAGGGAUGUGAUGGUUCGGUGUUGCUGGACGGUUCAGCCAGUGGUCCGAGCGAACAGCAGGCCCCACCCAACUUGAGCCUGCGGGCCCGGGCAUUUCAGAUCAUCAACGAACUCCGUGAGCUCGUUCACAAGGAGUGUGGUCACAUCGUCUCCUGUGCCGAUAUCACCGCUCUUGCUGCCCGUGAUUCCGUUUACCUGUCUGGGGGCCCCGAUUACAAAGUACCCUUGGGUAGGCGUGACGGACUCAAUUUUGCCACAACCAAUGCAACACUGAAUAACCUUCCACCUCCCUCCAGCAAUGCCAGCUUCCUUCUAGAAAACCUAGCCACCAAGAACCUCGACGCCACCGACGUCGUCGCACUCUCCGGCGGCCACACCAUCGGUAUCGGCCACUGCUCAUCGUUCACCCCUCGCCUGUACCCUACCCAAGAUCCCACCAUGGAUGAGACCUUCGCCGACCGCCUGAAGGGCAUUUGUCCCACCAACGAGACCGUGAACACAACUGAACUGGACAUUCGAACUCCGAACCUGUUCGACAACAAGUACUACGUCGAUCUCAUAAACCGGCAAGGGCUGUUCACGUCGGACCAGGACUUGUACACCGACUCCAGGACUCGGCCCAUCGUCACCAGCUUCGCAGAGGACCAGAGCCUGUUCUUUGAGAAGUUCGUGAACGCCAUGACUAAGAUGGGGCAGCUGAGCGUGUUGACAGGGACGCAAGGAGAGAUUCGUGCGAAUUGCUCGGUGCGCAACUCUGAUAACACCAAAUUUUCAUCCCUGAUCGAGGAUGUGGUAGAAGAAGAUUACCAUAGCGCAGAGCUAUGAGGAUCGAUCGGUGCUUCAUAUUGUAUUAUAUAUAAACUGAUGAAUUCGUGGGAGGAGACAUGGAAGUUGUUGUGUGUAGUUUAUCUGUAUUGGUCUUGACUGAUCUAGUUUUAUCUUGUAUGUGUUGAAUAAUUAAAAAAAAAACCGUUAUAUUUCACAGCUUCUAUAUUGAUUUUGGUCAGUUAAGUUCU